CAGAGAGUCCCAGUUUGCAGGCAGGGGAACGCCCCGUCGCUGGUGGGAAAAACCUGCAAAACCCUGAAACUGCUCUAUUCGCUCUCCUGGCUUCGUUGAAGCAGCCAUGGCCGCUGAGGGUCCCGUGCAAGAGCUGUGCCAGGAAGCCACUUGCGCCAUCUGCCUGGACUACUUCAGCGACCCAGUGACCAUCACCGAGUGCGGCCACAGUUUCUGCCGAGGCUGCCUGGACCGGAGCUGGCAGGAGUCGAGAGUCCCGCCUUGCUGCCCUCAAUGCCGAAGUGUACCCCAGCCGAGGAAAGUGAGAUUGAAUCGGCAGCUGGCCAACUUUGUGGCGAUCAUUAAGAAACUCCGUCCUUCGGAAGAGGAGGAGCCAGAAGCAAAGGGGGGAUUCUGCGAGAAGCACCAGGAGCCCCUGGAGUUUUUCUGCAAGGAGGACGAAGCCCCCGUUUGCGUGAUCUGCGGCCUUUCCCGGGAGCACAGAUACCACGAAGUAGUUCCUCUCGAAGAGGCUUUCCAAGGAAAUAGGUUGGUGGUGGCAGCCAGAAAAGGGAGAGUUUGCCAGAAUCAUCAGAAGCUGCUGAAGCUCUUCUGCAAGGAUGAUGAAGCUCUCAUCUGUGUGGUUUGUCACCGAUGGAAGGAGCACAGUGAUCACAAAACCCUUUCUCUUGAGGCCUCCCAAGAGUACAAGGAUCAGUUCUGUUGCUGUCUGAAGUUUCUGAAGGAGGAAAGAGAAAGAAUUGUGGCAUAUAAAGGAGACGUAGAGAAGGAAAGCCAAGACUUGCUCAAGCAAACCAAAAGAGAGAAGCAAAAGACAUCAGCCGCAUUCAAGGAACUGCACACGUUUCUGGAGGAACAAGAGGAUCUUUUGUUGGCCCAGAUAGAAGAAGUGGAGAAGCAGGUGGCAAGGAAAAGGGACCAGCACCUGACAAAACUCUCUGAGGCUCUCUCCUCUCUGGAAAGCCUCAUACAAGAGACAGAGGAGAAGUGUCAGCAGUCAGCCACUGAUCUCCUGAAGGAUGCCAGAAGCACCUUGCAGAGGUAUAAAGAAGAGGAAACAUUUGAAAAUCCAGUGACUCUUCCUCUUCCACUGCCAAGGAGAAUCUGGGACUUCUGUGAUAUCAAUCACUCGCUGAAAGGUGUCACGAAGCAGUUGAAAGCAGUAGAUGUGAAGUUGGAUCCAGACACAGCCCAUCCCAAACUCAUCCUGUCCAAGGAUUGGAAAAGAAUGCGACUAGGAGAAAUAGAUCAAGCUCUGCCCAACAAUCCUGAGAGAUUUGACAGAUUUGGUGCUAUCCUGGGCCUUGAGGGAUUCACAGCAGGCCGCCAUUUCUGGGAAGUCUGUGUGGGAAAUGAGGAAGAAUGGGUGGUGGGGGUGGCCAUAAAGUCCAUGAGGAGAAAGGGAUACCUUGCCUUGAGUCCUGAGGGGGAGAUGUGGGCUGUGGGGAAGUGGUGGGGCAGCUACAGGGCUUCUGAAAAAGACCACUAUUUUCCUGUGACCUUGACUGGGGAGCUGAAGAGGAUCCGAGUGUAUAUGAACUACUCUGGAGGACGAGUGGCCUUUUUUAAUGCUGACCAAGCAGACCUUCUCUAUGAGUUCUCUAGAGCCUCGUUCUCCGGAGAGACCCUCCUGCCUUUCUUUUGGGUGUGUAAAAAAGGCCACCUGAAAAUCUCUUGACAUUCAUUUCACACCAGGGUCAUUAAUAAAAAUAAUAAGAGUCUUGUUUUGGAGCCCUGCAAGGACCUUCUCCAGGGUCUCAAUCACCAAAAAAAUUAUAUAUAAUGGAAUCUAUUUUCCCCUCCACUUCCCAGUACUUUUCUUUAUAGCUUAUUGCAGAAAGAGCUAAUGACCCAUUUCAAAUCACAAAUAAUAACAGGCCUGGUCUAAAGGAUAGCUCUCAAUAGACCAGCAGGCCUCUGCCAGCCCCCAUUACUCUUAAUCCUAUCUUUAGUCUAUUUUUUCUCAGAAACACCCCCCCCCCCCAAAAAAAAUGUCUUCCAGCUGUGAAGCAGAAGACACCCAAAGUUCAUUCCUUGUUACUUCCCAAGGAAAAGCUAGAUGAGAUGCUUGGAAAUUUGCUGUCAGCUAUCCAACAUCCUUGCUGCAGAUGUGGAGGGGUUUAUGGAGUGGGGAUUUAACCCUACCUUGCAGCCUCCUUUUUGUAAUCUAAAUUUUCCCCUUUUGGGUGCAUUGCAUGUUGGGGGAGGGGUUCAGUCUGUUGAAAUGUAUAACAACACAUAAUAGUAAACUAAUUAAACAUUUUCCCUCCUGUU